UGGUGGCCGACGCUUCUCCCGUCGCCGAACGCUUCGGUACACCCAAUUCUCACAGUUGUUCCGCACUGCAGCACUUGAGAACCCAUCGUCCACGUCAAAAAUCAUCAUCCGUAUCUUGAUUCCAAGCCUCAACCCUUCAUUAUUCAUUUUUCUCGAUAAUUUGAAUUAACUAAAUCCGGGAUGUUGAGUCUCUGCCGGCAGGCGCUCGUCGCCAACAGUCAGAAGCUUGGAACAAGAUGUCUAGGAUCCAUCGUCCCCACGCCGCAUCCGCCGGACAUUGCGCUGGCAAACGAGCCGGUCCUCUCCUACAAGAAGAACUCGGCGGAGCGUCAGGAGCUCGAGAAAACCCUCUCGAAGCUCUCAAACUCCGUGGAAGACGUCCCCAUAGUGAUCGGUGACGAAGAAAUCCGCACCGACCGCGUGCAGUACCAGCCGAUGCCGCACAAUCACUCGAAAAAAAUCGCGAAGUACUACCACGCAACGCCGGACCUAAUAAAACGCGCGAUAACGGUCGCGACAAAAACGCAACGCGAGUGGGAGCGAGUGCCGCUUGACGCGCGGAUGAAAAUCUGGCUGCGAGCGGCCGAACUCAUGCGCGGAAAGUACCGGCAAGAGUUGAACGCGUCAACAAUGCUGGGCCAGAGUAAAACGGUCAUUCAAGCGGAGAUAGAUUCCGCAGCGGAGUUGAUCGACUUUUUUAAAAUUCACUCGUACUUCGUGAAAGACGCGCUCAAGUACAAACCGAUCUCGCCGGAUCCCUCCGCAACGCUAAACUCGAUGAGAUACCGCGGAAUGGACGGUUUCGUUGCCGCGGUUUCCCCCUUCAACUUCACCGCGAUCGGCGGAAAUCUCGCGUACACACCCGCGUUGAUGGGUAACGGCGUCCUCUGGAAGCCCUCCGACACCGCGAUUCUGUCCAACUGGACAAUCUUCAAGAUUUGCCGCGAGGCGGGAGUUCCGCCGGGCGUCGUAAACUUCGUUCCCGCGCACGGUCCGGAUUUCGGUGACACUGUAACCGCGUCUCCGCACCUCGCGGGCAUCAACUUCACCGGCUCCGUGCCGACAUUCAACCGACUUUGGACGCAGGUUGGCAAGAACAUCAGUGUCUACCGGAACUAUCCCAAGUUGGUGGGGGAGUGCGGGGGGAAGAACUAUCAUUUUGUGCAUCCGAGUGCGGACGCGCGUUCCGUCGUUACGGGAACAAUCCGCAGUGCGUUUGAGUACAACGGGCAGAAGUGCUCCGCGUGCAGUAGAAUGUACGUUCCGCAGUCGCUGUGGGGGGAGAUCAAGAGAGGACUGAUCGAGGAGCGGGACAAGCUGACGGUCGGCGAUGUCCAGGACUUGAGCGUUUUCACUUCCGCGGUGAUUGACGCCGCUGCGUUCAAACGCAUCUCCGGAUACGUCGAACACGCGAAAAAUUCGCAACACCUCGAGAUCAUCGGGGGCGGGGGGUACGACGACUCCGUGGGGUACUUCGUCCAGCCGACGAUCGUCCUGACGAAGGACCCCAAGGACCGGAUCAUGACGGAGGAGAUCUUCGGGCCCGUGUUGACGGUUUAUGUUUACGAAGAUCGCCAUCUCGAGGAGACGAUGAAGCUCGUCGAGAGCUCCACCCCGUACGCCCUCACGGGCGCCAUCUUCGCCCAGGACGAGGAGUGGGCCAGGCGGGCCCUCGAGGAGUUCAAGUACACCGCGGGGAAUUUUUACGUCAAUGAUAAAAGCACUGGCUCCGUCGUGGGACAACAGCCGUUCGGCGGGAGUCGAAUGUCGGGGACCAAUGACAAGGCUGGCGGACCGCAUUAUGCCUUGCGGUGGGCCAGCCCGCAAAGUAUUAAAGAGACUUUUGUACCGUUGAGGGAGAUUGAUUACUCGUAUAUGAGGGAUUAAAAUUUUUGAGGUUAUGUCGAGCGAUGAUUUUUUAUGAAAUGACGAUGACUGCCGCCAUUUUGUCUUCAGCAUUUUAAUGUCGACGGGAGACAUUUUAGAUUUUUCUCCGUGUUAUGCAUUUUUAGAUUUGUUUUCGGUGAAAGGACGAGGUGAUCAUUUUUAAUGGAAGAAAAAUUGUGCAUUUUUCUUAUUUUUGAGGACAAAUAUUCUUUUUUAAUUAAAACAGAGAGCUCUGGGGAGUAAAAAACGGCUGAAAUGUGGGCAAAAAUUUGUCUCAGUAAUUCUCUCUUUUUAAACGAGGGAGGAAAAUAAUUUAAGAUUGCUCGUGUGAAAUGUAAAAUUAUGUACAAAUCAACAAUAAUGAUACAAAUGGAAUAAUCAUUAUAUUUUGAUGACAAACAAUUAUGAAUGAUGGAUCUGUUGAUCGAAACAUGAGAAUCUCAGGUUUUUCGUAAUAUCUAUGUUAAUUUAUUUCGAUUGUAUUGUCGUGAUUAAAUACAUCAACUAUUAUUGUCAUAAA